UUCCACUCAAAAUGGUUUAAAUCGAUAAACACAACACGAGAAGCUUGAGGAAAUGUGUUAAUUCCGGAGUAAAGACACUACUGCUUUACGUUUUAAAUAGUGUAAAGACUACAGAAUCCCCAUGAGCCCUAGUACAACAGAAUAUUGUCUGAAAUACUUCGAAAGUUCGUAUGAAUAUGGAUUACGAUUAUUUGAUAAAACUUCUGUGCGUCGGGGACUCGGGUGUUGGAAAAACUAGUUUUCUUUACAAAUACACUGAUGGCGUUUUUCACACUCAGUUUAUCUCCACCGUAGGAAUUGAUUUUAGAGAAAAAACUGUGAUUUAUCAGCAGAAUGGCAGACAUCACAGAAUACACCUUCAGUUAUGGGACACAGCUGGCCAAGAAAGAUUUAGGAGUUUAACAACAGCAUUCUACAGAGAUGCAAUGGGCUUCCUUCUGCUGUUUGAUCUGACCAAUGAAGCUUCAUUCCUUGAAGUCAGGAACUGGAUAGAGCAGUUAAAGACCCAUAGCCUAAGUGACGAUCCAGACAUAGUGCUCUGUGGUCACAAAUGUGACUUGCAGGAGAAACGACUAGUUAACCAGAACCGAGCACGAGAAUUCGCUAAGAACUACAAUCUUCCAUACUUGGAAACCAGUGCCAAAACGGGACAAAACACUGACCGGGCUAUUGAGUUACUGCUUGACAAAGUUAUGUACAGAAUGGAGCAUUCAGUGGACUAUGCAAUGCAGUGCGCCACUGGUCGUCGUCGACAAUCCCUUCAGAGGCUGCAAGCAAAGCAGGAAAGAAACAUGUGUUCUUGUUAACGUGUUUAUACAGCAGAUUUCUUAACAGUUAUGUAAGUUUGGAUCUGUUGCAUUUAUUAUUAAUCUAGUCAAUGGCAUCAAUUGUUGUUACUUUUUGGAUGCUUUGGGUUACCUUUGAUUUUUAAUGAGUAUUACUGAUUAGUAAUGGAUUUGUUUAGUAUUGUUUACCUACUGUAGUACUAGAAACACAUUCUUAUGUUUGUUUAAUGCUGUCCUCUACGAGUCAAUAUUAAAUUUUAAUUAUUUAUUACACAUCAACAUUAUAAGUAACUUGAAUGAACAUCCAAAGAAUAAUAUUGCAAUUAUAUUAUACUCUUGGCCUUUUAUUAAGCCACAAUGUAGCUAAUGUGCGGAUA